CUCAACGCAAAACGCUUCGGAGAUUUACAUUCGCCUCUUCUUGUAAGCAUCAAUCUCACCUUACUAAUAUUAAUUUCUUUACCAUCUCCGAUUGUUUGAUGUCGAUUCUUUAACGCAUAUACAGUAGAUCUUGGUGUUUUUAAUCUACGACGGAUGAUCUGUAAAUCUGUUUUUGGUGAAUCAUUGAUUGAUGGUUGCAAUCUUAUUUAUUUAUUACAUUCAUGAUGUUUGUAGUUCUUUCUUUGACUUUUCGAUUGGUUAUUAAUUAUGUGCGAGUUAUGUAUGUGAUUGGUUAUAGACUUACAGUAGAUCUCGAUGUUUUUAGUCUACAAUUGAUGAUCUUGUUACGUGUUUUUGGUAUAUUAUUACUUGAUGGGUGCAAUAUUUUAAUGAUCACAAGCAUAUGAUCUUCUAGCUCGUUCUUUGCCUUUGGGUUGGUUGCUAAUUAGAUCAGGUUGUCUGCUGGGAUCUUUCUUGGUCCUUAAUUUAUGUUUAAUUCUGGGUAUCGUCUUAUUGAUUUUUAUGAUCUGAUUCUAUAUGUUCAUUUACCUGUAAGAAUUGUUUAUCUUGAUGAUACUAGAAAAGUAGUUAAGUUGGAUGCUAAGGAAGGAGGUUAAAUGUAUGCUGGAGUUGAAUCAAUCAAACAAGGCGUAGGUAAAUUAAGAACUAAGAUCUAAAGGAUGAAGGUCCAUAAGUCCUCCAUAUAUAUCUUUCAAUAUGCGGGUUUAUUCUUUUAUUGAAAUAAUCAAAUAAACACACAACCUAAUAAUAUAAAGCAUAUGCACUAACGAAAGGAAUUACAUAUUUAUCAUUAGUUAUCGAUGUUUAUUGAUAUCGAUCAGUUGCGCUAUAUUGGUUACAAUGUGAGCAUCAUUGUGGACAGGGCAACUUCUACAAUGAGUGAACUAGAUUUGUAGCCACAAUACCGCACUUUCAUUGUAAUUUAUAAUACAAGCGAUAUAAUUUUCAAAUGGCAAAAGAAAAAAUUUACCAGGUAUAAAUGGAAGCCCUUGGCCCGUACGUCCUGACACAAGGUUAGAAUAGCAAAUUAAACAAUCACCUGAGACAUAAUGAUAUAUUAAUACCAUCAUCUGAUUUGGUUCAUAUGACAUACUAACUGUGGAUCGCUAGUAAUAGCAUUGUUGAUACUGAAGUCUAUAUUUUGCUUCCACAAUGUGGGUAUGAAAAAUGAAAAAAAUGGGUAUCAAAGAUUUUCUAUAUGAACUCUUUUGAUGUACUCAAUAAUGUAGUUUAUUUUAUUUGUUGUUUUUAUGCCUCGCAUGAUUUCGAAGAAAAGGCCCACAAGUCACAUGUGAAGUCCAAAUACAUUUAUUGAAAAUGCAAUCACUCCAUUUAUAUCACAUUAGAAAGUUGAAUUAGAACUUUCAACUUAGGUUAAAUUUAUCUAAAAUUGCAAGAUUUGACUAACUGUGGCAUUCUUUUUGCAUUUUGACAAAUAUAAUAUUUGUACAGCGAUACAAUCCUAGUAUGAUGCUUGUAGAUCUUAUUCACUCCUAAAAUUGCUAGUUGAUUUUUUUCUUUAGUUGUUCUUUGGGUUGGGAAGAUAUAUAUAUUUUUAAAAGAAACAUAAGUUGUUUCUGAUCGUCUAUUGAUGCUGGCCCUUCCCUUCCCAUUCUAUCCGCAGGACACAAUUGAAACAAAUUAUAUAGAGGACUCAAGUAACGUAAUUUCCAAUUACUACCUUGUGUUGAGGGGAAUAUUAAUUUAUUUAAUGGGAUUGCUUGUUUUUAUAGUUUUCUAUUCUAUUUCCAAUUACUACCUUGGUAUGUCGGACUUCUGGAUUGGUUGUCUGUCAUAACCCGGAGCAAGAAAAGGAGUUCUCCCUAAUGUUGCACACAUUUGACGCUUGAAACAUGUUUUUAUUUUUGCUGUAAUGCUCUCUCUUUUUGGGUAAUGCAGUUCUAAACAUGUCAGAUGAUGUGGAAUACCGCUGUUUUAUUGGUGGCCUGUCAUGGUCAACAUCUGAUAGAGCUCUGAAGGAUGCCUUUGCAAAGUUUGGCCAUCUUCUUGAUGCAAAGGUGGUUUUAGACAAGGUCUCUGGCCGUUCACGAGGAUUUGGUUUCGUCACUUUUGACGAGAAGCAAGCAAUGGAAGAUGCUAUUGAAGCAAUGAAUGGAAUGGAUUUGGAUGGGAGAAACAUCACAGUAGACAAGGCUCAGCCUCAAGGCGGUUCAGGCAGGGAUUAUGAUGGUGAUCGUGGUCGUGACCGUGGUCGUGAUAGGGAUCGUGGUCGCGAUCGUGAUUAUGGAGGUGGUCGUGGAUCUGGCGGUGGUGAGUGCUUCAAGUGUGGUAAACCUGGACAUUUUGCUAGGGAAUGCCCAAGUGAAGGGGAUAGAGGGGGUAAGUAUGGUGGCAGGGAUGACCGUUAUGGUAGGGGACGUGGUGGCGGGGGUGGCCGAUUUGGUCCUGAUAGGAAUGGAGAUCGUAGUAAUGGACGCAGUAGGGAUGGUGGUGGUGGUGGUGGAGGUGGAGGUGACCGAUAUAGUCGUGAUCGUUCUGGACCGUAUGAACGCCGUUCAGGUGGCGGUUAUCGAUGAUUGAUGCAACUACCAGUUGAAGUUGUGAUGCGAUGUUGAUUAGAAGUUGCUGGUGCUGGAUCUAGAUGAAAAUGGUGUGGUUUUUCUUUGUGCAAGAUGUCCUUUUACUUCGUACGUGCUUAUUUGGCUCAUGUAGUAAUGAAACAUGUGAAAGUUACACAACUUGGCACCUGCUACCAUUUACUAUGUUGGAUUGGUUCGGUGGAGUAAUGUGCUUGUUUGCUGGUCUUUCACUUAUGAAUGUCCUUAAUGCUGCCUGCUGGUUCUCUCUCUCUACUUUCUUGCACGAUGAGUUUCACUUGCACAUCCCAAAGGUUUAUAUGGUUAUUGAAGGAUCAUCUGUGAGAACUGAUAAACUUCUGUUUUCGUGUCAAACAAAUUACUUUUGGGUCCUUGAGUUUGGUGGAUGUUCUUGAGUCCAAAUGGAGCCAAGCAUGAAGCGGCUGUUUGGCUAUUUAUAAGGGUGGGUACAUGAUCUUUGUUACUACUACUACUAGUUGGGUUGUGUUUAACAUGAUAAAUUUGGGAAAGGUUUUUGAGCUUGAAGCAGCUUAUCUGCAAGUGAAUAAAUGAUGUCCAAAAGCCACAAUGAUGGAAGUUUUUUUGUAGUUGAUGGCAUCUGGCAUGUUGUUUUGGGAAGAUGGUUCUUAGUGAUGUCCUUGUUUUGUGUUGCUGGGCCUGGUUCUUAACCUUUUUCCAGCGUGUAAGGAUGGUUCUCCGCCCUUGAAUCACAAAUUUUGGAUGCUGGCGCCUUUUUGAGUCAUGUCGUGGAAGAUAUAGUGGUUGUUUUGCCUUCCCAAGAUACAACUAUUGUAGGUAACUGCUGGUUCUUGUACCUUUUCCCGGCUCAUAGUUCUUGUUCUCCCUGAGGACGGUUCUUCCCUUAAAUCACAAAUUUUGGAUGGUGGCGCUUUUUUGAGUCAUGUCAUGGAAGAUAUAAUCGUUGUUUUGCUUUCGCGGAUACUACUACUGUAGGUAAGUGCUGGUUCUUGUACCCUUUUUCCGGCUCAUAGCUCUUGCUCUGUCCUUGAAUUACAUGUUGGAUGCUGCUGCCUUUUUGAGUCGAACAACGCAUGAUACUCACAACUUGUUGACUGCCUGCAUUUUCUGUUUCUUGAUCUUUUGUUGCGGCCAAAGUGGCACGUUAUAUGUUCAUCCUGCACCCACGGUUGGGUUUAAUCGUAUGACUUGAUGGCUGCACCAACAAUUUCCACAUGAAUUGUGAAUGUUGGCUUUAGCUUGCAGUAAAAUCAUAUUCUUUAUUGCUUUUCUGAGAACCAUCUCUACUUGAUGAUUCAUUCAUUGCCUUGUUUAUUUAUAAUUUUGUUUGUUUUUUUCCUUUUAUAGCAAGUGUUGUGUUUUUCUGAUAGCUAAAAGGGUGUUCAUUUCAUUGC